GGCCCCGCCGCGCCGCGCCGCGCCGAGCAGCUCCGCGCCCCACCGGCCUCCGGCCCCGGCGGGACCCGCCGCCUCUCCGGAACGGGCUUCUGAUUUCUGGGGUAAUUUGUAGGACUAGCCCCUGGUUGCAGAGCGGGGUCCUGCUUCCAAGCCUUCCCAAGCACCUUCCAGGCUCUCCUAAGCCAGAUCUGCACCUUUUUGAGGAAGAAACUGAAGUGAAAAAGAAGUGACUGAAAAAGAAAUUAAGGAACUAUUUGAAGGAAUAGAUUCAUUUCUUAACAAGAUCAAGUUUGAAUUAAAUGGCUGAUAAACAGAUCAGGGCAUCUCUCCCAUCUAUGUGACCACAAGCCUGCAGCAGUCACCGGCAGCCAAGCCAAGGAGAUCUGUUUAAGCUUGGAGGAGCUACUGCACCCUUCUUCCUUCGCAGCGUGCAUCUGUCAUCCCUCAGCAAAACGAGAUUGAUACCAAAAGACUAAAAUCCACACUUGUGGUUUGCUGCAAGGGGAGAUCAGGGGCAUUGCAUUUCUGCAGCAGUGCGCAUGGGGCUUGACCUCAGCAUCUCACCAGUUUACCUGCCAAGCUGAUCAAUGGAGGGAUAGCUGGGCUGAUCGGGGUCACCUGUGUAUUUCCCAUUGACCUGGCAAAAACUCGCCUGCAGAACCAGCAGAAUGGCCAGCGGAUGUACACCAGCAUGUCUGACUGCCUCAUUAAAACAAUUCGGUCGGAAGGCUACUUUGGCAUGUACAGAGGGGCUGCAGUAAACCUGACUCUAGUGACACCAGAAAAGGCUAUCAAACUGGCAGCCAAUGACUUCUUCCGGCAUCACCUCUCCAAAGACGGGAAAAAGCUGACGCUGCUGAGGGAGAUGCUGGCAGGCUGCGGUGCGGGUACCUGCCAGGUGAUUGUCACCACUCCCAUGGAGAUGCUCAAAAUCCAGCUGCAGGACGCGGGGCGAAUUGCGGCGCAGAAGAAGCUGAUGGCAGCGCAGGCCCAGCUCUCCUCUUCCUCGGCGGCGGGGGCAGCAGAGCCGGCGGUGGAGAGGCGCACCACAGCAACACAGAUAACAAGGGAACUGCUGCGGAGCAAAGGCAUCGCGGGGCUCUACAAGGGCCUGGGAGCCACACUGCUAAGGGAUGUCCCCUUCUCCAUCGUUUACUUCCCGCUGUUUGCAAACCUGAACAAGCUGGGCCAGAAGGACCCCAAUGUCAAGGCUCCGUUCUACGUGUCCUUCCUCUCCGGGUGUGUGGCUGGCAGUACGGCCGCGGUGGCUGUCAACCCUUGCGAUGUGAUCAAAACGCGGCUGCAGUCCUUGCAGAGAGGAGUGAACGAGGACACCUACUCAGGAAUCCUGGACUGUGCCAAGAAGAUCUGGCAGAAGGAAGGGCCCAUGGCCUUCCUGAAAGGGGCAUACUGCCGAGCCCUGGUCAUUGCUCCUCUCUUCGGCAUCGCACAAGUCGUCUACUUCAUCGGCAUCGCGGAGUUCCUGCUGGACAUGCUCCCCAAGCACCGGGCCUAGCCAUGUGCCCUCCUGCCCUCUGCAGCGCCGAAUUCAUCCCCAUGUUUGUCGUCGGUGUCGAUUGAUGUCAGAGCAACAGCACAAAAGGGUUCGCGCAGGGACGCUGAGGGGACGUGGUCUCCAGACGAGCAAACUGGAGGGAGGGAGCGUCCCUUUUCUGUCUCACUCUGGAACCUGCCACCCCUUCCCGCUCUUUCCACGGACAGUACCUAAUUAUUCAUCUCUCUCAUUCUUUCCCCUUCCCCUCCCCUUUCUUCUUUUUUUUCUUUUUUUUUUUUUUUUUUUUUUUUUUAAUUGCCAUUCUUAAGGACACUGGUAAGCACAGACUGGGCUUGCAGACCCAGGAGUCUCUUCCUAGCCUUGGGAAGGAAGAGGGAUGGGAAAGAAAUAACCUGGACCCUCGUCCACCCCAGUCCCCCUCUUUCUUCCUGGAGUUGCCAGCUACCUGAGGAGGAGCUGGAGGGGCAGCUGUGUCCCCCUCAGCCCCUCCUUGGCUCUGCUGGCCCCAGGUCAAGAGCGGGCACCGCGCAAAGGGGGCUCAUUGCAUCGCUACCAGAGGCGUGGCGGGGGGGAUGCUGGAUCUGGCAAGUUCCUUGGCCUGGAAACCUUCACCCCUCCCUCCAACUCGUUUUUGAGAAAGGGAGGACUUAGAUGAACUUCUUGGAGAUCAGAGGAAGGGAAAGGAGAUCGUUGCUAUCGAUUUUUUUUUUUUUUUUAAUUAUUUUUCUUUUAAAGCAAAGGGAUAUCCCUCCUAACUAGGGGUCACAGGCGCAUCUGGGUGAGGUGAAGAGAUGAGAUGUCUGCUCUGUAGGGAACAUGUCUGUGGGAUCACACAAAUGUCCGAAGGUGCUUCACUGCUUGGCUACAGGCAGGGGAGGGAGAGAAACUUGGGAUCAAGUUAUUUUUGUUCGGGUUUUUUUGUUUGUUUGUUUUUUAAUGCAGGGGUUGUGGGGAGGGAAAACCAAGCAACAAGAAACCACUUACAUUCCUUCAGCCUCCCCACCCCUGGGGUGAUAAAGUGGUGGCUGCAGGUGCAGAUGAGCUGGUUGGUUUUUUUUUUCCAGCCUGGCCCCUGGUGCAUGAGGGGAGGUGCCUGUUCUGCUUCCGCGCUGCCCGACCUCGGCCAGCCGCGCUGGAAACGCCACGCCUGUGUGCUCACCUUGCCGAGAGGGAACACAAGGUCUGGGGGUGUUUUGGUGUUUAACUUGGGCGUGCUCGGAGGCAGAGGGUCCCCACACCCUGAGCGAGGAGCUGUUGGCGUGGACAUGGUUACAGGGUCGAGUCCUCUUGAUCCCAAAAACUUGUCAUCCUGCUUGCUCUUGGGGUGGUGAUCGCUGCUGGGUGUCAGGAGGCAAAUCCACACCUACAGCCUGCUCUGGCAAAGGGACACCGCCCCACCUACCGUCACUUGUCAGAGGACUUCCUCGUUCAGUACUCUCUUGGGCUGUGUAAUUAAUUCUAGUUUAAAUGAUCGUGAGAUCUACCAACCCAGCAUGAUCGUCAUUAUUUAUUCCAUUCCGUGCAAUCCACCCGGCUUUCGUGUUUAAAUUAAACUGGUCGAAUUCACUUUUCAUUCCUUCUUUUUGCUUUUUUCUCCAGGCACUUGCUUGGUGUUUGUGUUUCAAGUGUAUAUUUAAAUUAAUUUAAAAAAAAAAAAAAUCCCUAUUUUUAAUGUUUAAAAGAAAACCACCUCUGUUUCAAUGUUCCUGGGUUAGGUUUUUGCAAAACCUGUGUGGUGAAGGCCUUCCUUCAUGCGUCCUUUUUCUCUUUGGAAAAGUAAUUCUAUGGCUGAUUUGUUACUUGUCACUUUGGAUAUGUGAAUAUUUUUUUUUUCUCUUUUUUUUUCUUAAUGACUUCUUUGUGUAUCUGGGAAGGAAUCUGUGCAAAGGUGAUGAUAGAUGUCUGUGCUGUGUGUAGUGCUGUGAUGCUGCUCUUGCUCUGGAUUUCCCUUGGGUGGAUUAAAAGAGAAAGAUUCUUUUUUUUUUUUUUUUUUAAA